AUGGCUGCGCUGGCUCAGAGCGUCCUAGUGACAGGGUCCAACUGCAGCAUCAGGCUGGAGCUGGUGAGGCAGCUCGCCGCCAGCCCCCGACCCCCCCAGCACAUCUUUGCCACCUGCCGCAACCCCGAGGGUCCGAGAGGGAAGGAAUUAGCUGCCCAGCACCCUGGCAUCAAACUGGUCCAGCUAGACGCAGUGAACUUGUCCAGCAUCCAAGGGGCCGUGCGGGCUGUGGGGUCUCAUCUGGAGGAUCAGGGCUUGAACCUCCUCAUCAACAACGCGGGCAUCAGCUCGCAGGCCACGCUGCGCUCCCUGGAUUCACAGGAGAUGCUCUCCAUGUUUGCCACCAAUGUGGUCGGACCGCUCCAGGUUGCCAAGGAAUUCCUGCCCCUCCUGAAGAAGGCUGCGAAGGGUGCAAGGAAGGAGGGGCUGAGCUGCAGCAGGGCUGCGGUCAUCAACAUCUCCAGCAAGCUGGGCUCCAUCGGGCUGUGCCUCCGGGUGCCAGAGGCCCCCAUGUACGCAUACCGUGCCAGCAAGCUGAGGUGCCAGGGGAGGUGCUGGGAAUGCUCUUCUGCACACAGUGCCCAUGGAGGGGAGCCCCUGGGGGCUGCCCAGAACAUGGUGACGAGGUGCAUGGCUGCAGACUUCCAAGACAAGGGCAUCUUGUGCACGGCCAUCCAUCCCGGCUGGGUGAAGACCGACAUGGGGACGGAGAAGGCACCCCUGAUGGUGGAGCGCAGCAUGCGGGGCAUCCUGGCCGUGCUGGCCAGCCUCUCGCAGGACACCUCCGGAGCCUUCCUCGACUGGGCAGGGAGCAGCCUGCCCUGGUGACGGGCGCGCAGGCGGCACCUCUUGCCUGCGCCUCAGCCCCCCACUCGCCCCUUGGCACGGGCCUCUGCUCGCCCCCAGCCGCCCCGGGCUGCCAGGGAGCGGGAAGGGCAUGGGAAGCAGCUUCGCUCCCCUUGGCCGGCCCACGCGCGGCCCUGCAGCCCCCUGUACCCCCCACCUCUGUAAACACCGGGAGCUGAUACCUCUGCUCUGUCUCUGCGCCCCCAGCCCCAAACGCCUGGGCUGAGCCCAGCGCAUGGUCCCUGCACGCUGCCCGAG